AUGUCGAUAACGAUUGUUGAUAACGGUGGCUUACCGGUAACGCAUAAAGCAUCUAUAAUUGAUGGUCCGACCGAUAAUGAUAACAUAGCAUCCAAUGUCACCCACACUCUAAGCAUGUUGCAAUCUCAAGAUGGUAUAUUUGUAAAAUUACUCGAAGAUGUUGGUCAAAUACAAGUCGGCAAUGAUCCUCUCGUGGACUCAAAGUAUCAUUUUGAUAUUUCGUCAUUUCUUCCCGACGACAUACAAUAUUUCAACGAGAAAGGUGUUGGUUCGUGGACGAAAUACGGUUCAUUCUGUUUUGAUAUUCUUAGUAAUAUAUCAAGUCCAAGCACUCUACCGCCAUCCGUUGAAUUCAUGCUCACGUUAGAUUUAAUUACAAAAAAUGCAAAAGGAAAACAAUUUGAUAAUUUGCCUUGCCCGGUUGCACAUGAAGGUACGAUAUCCAAUGCAACGGAAUUUGGGCAGAGAUCAUUUAUGUCUGAAACUAAAGUGGCAGAAUACUUACAAUUACAACAACAUACAGGCGCAUCAAAAAGUAGUCAUUCAGAAGCAAUUAACGAAUAUGAAAGAUACUUUAUGCCCAAUAAGUCAGUCUGUACGGUAGCAGUCAAUACAGAUGACCACUUUCAGGCUCAAGAAAGUGAAAAAUUAUAUUUGUAUUUCAUGCAGCAGUUUAAGGAUUGGAAGGAGCAGCAAAUGAAUGAAUUUUUAAAUGAAAUAGCUAGCACGAAGCAAAUUCUUAGGCGAGAAUUACAAGAUGGAUGGGAAGAUUAUAGAACCCUUUUAAUGGCUCGUCUUGAGACAAAAAUUUUGAAAUGUGAUCAACUAUUUGCACAGCUAGAAAAUACACAAAUCCAACUAAAUGCUAUAGCAGCUAUAAGUUUAAAAAAUGCAGCUAUAGGUGACAACAUAACACGCGAAAUAGAUCACAAUUAUAGAAUAAAAAUCGCACAAUUUGAAAUGGAAAUGCAACGCUUAAAAGUGGAAGCUCAAGAAAAGGAAAUCGAGAAUACUGUAUUGGAGAAACGCAUUGGCCAAUUAGAAAACCAAUUAGUAGUAUGCCAAAGUUCCCAUUUAUCUCUAGAUCAAUUAAAAGAUGUUCUAAGUGACAUGCGUAAUCAGGCUAACCGUUUUGCGGCAAUGGAAAGUUUCUAUAAGGAAAGGUGCUUCAAUAAUAUGAAAAAAUUUAAAAUUAAAAUAUCAAAGGUACUUGAUGACCAAAGGCUAUGUAAAGACUUUGAUGUGAAUUUUUGCUUGGAAGAGAUAUUUAACGAGGAAAUAACAACCUUAAACUGGAACAAUAUUAAAUCAUUGCAAGUAUCCUCUGUCAGUUCCUUAAAAUCACCUUCAUCUUCUGAUGAUGACGAAAUUUGUCUUUAA